AUGGCGGCGGCGGCGGCGGCGGGUCCUCUAGGCUGGUUGCUCGCCGCGCUGUGCCUGGGCAACGCCGCCGUAGAGGCGGCGUCGGGCCCGCGAGUGUUGGGCGUCUGUCUGGAGGAGGACGGAGCCGCGGACGUGGGGUGGGAGCGCGGAGAAGAGGUGCGGACUGCACGGGAGGCUACCUUCCGCCUACGCCUCUUCGGCUCCGGCUUGGCCAACAGCUCCUGGUCCUGGGUGGCCCCCGAGGGGGCGGGCUGCCCCGAGGGCGGGCCGGCCGCGGCGCCCGAGGAGGCGGUGGCCCCCACGGGCGAGUGGCACGCAUUGCUGCGCCUGCGCGCCGAGGCCGCGCGCCCGCACUCGGCGCUGCUGGCGGUGCGCGGGGAGCGGGACGCGUCGGCGGUCGAGGAGGCGGUGGCCCCUGCGGGCGAGUGGAGCGCGCUGCUGCGCCUGCGCGCCGAGGCCGUGCGCCCGCAUUCCGCGCUGCUGGCGGUGCGCGUGGAGCCAGGCGGCGCGGCAGCCGAGGAGGCGGCGCCGCCCUGGGCUCUGGGCCUGGGGGUGGCGGGGCUGCUGGCGCUGGCGGCGCUGGCGCGGGGCCUGCAGCUGAGCGCGCUGGCGCUGGCGCCGGCCGAGGUGCAGGUGCUCCGCGAGAGCGGCUCGGAGGCCGAGCGUGCGGCGGCGCGGCGCCUGGAGCCCGCGCGGCGCUGGGCCGGCUGCGCCCUGGGCGCGCUGUUGCUACUGGCCAGUCUGGCGCAGGCGGCGCUGGCGGUACUAUUGUACCGCGCGGCCGGCCAGCGCGCCGUGCCCGCCGUGCUGGGCAGCGCAGGGCUCGUGUUCCUGGUGGGCGAGGUGGUGCCGGCUGCCGUGAGCGGACGCUGGACGUUGGCGCUGGCGCCGCGCGCGCUGCUCCUCAGCCGCCUCGCGGUGCUGCUGACACUGCCCGUGGCGCUGCCCGUGGGCCAGUUGCUGGAGCUGGCGGCGCGGCCCGGGCGGCUGCGGGAGCGCGUGCUGGAGCUGGCCCGCGGCGGCGGCGACCCCUACAGCGAUCUCAGCAAGGGCGUGCUGCGCUGCCGGACCGUGGAGGACGUGCUCACGCCGCUCGAGGACUGCUUCAUGCUGGACGCCAGCGCCGUGCUGGACUUCGGCGUCCUGGCCAGCAUCAUGCAGAGCGGCCACACGCGCAUUCCAGUGUACGAGGAGGAGCGCUCCAACAUCGUGGACAUGCUCUAUCUCAAGGACUUGGCCUUCGUAGAUCCCGAAGACUGCACGCCGCUCAGCACCAUCACCCGCUUCUACAACCAUCCGCUCCACUUCGUCUUCAACGACACCAAGCUGGACGCUGUCCUGGAGGAGUUCAAACGAGGGAAGUCCCACCUGGCCAUCGUGCAGAAGGUGAACAACGAGGGUGAAGGUGACCCCUUCUACGAGGUGCUGGGCCUGGUCACCCUGGAGGACGUCAUUGAGGAGAUCAUCAAGUCUGAGAUCCUGGACGAAUCUGAGGACUACCGAGACGCUGCCGUGAGGAAGAAGCCCGCUCCUCUGAGUGCCCCUCUCAAGCGGAAAGAGGACUUCUCCCUGUUCAAGGUGUCUGAUGAUGAAUAUAAAGUGAAGAUCUCGCCUCAGCUGCUCUUGGCCACCCAGCAAUUCCUGUCCCAAGAGGUGGAUGUGUUCAGCCCCUUGCGGAUCUCCGAGAAGGUCCUGCUGCACCUGCUGAAGCAUCCCAGCGUCAACCAGGAAGUGAGGUUUGAUGAGAGCAACCGUCUAGCUGCUCACCAUUACCUGUACCAGCGCAGCCAGCCAGUGGACUACUUCAUUCUCAUCCUGCAGGGCAGGGUUGAGGUGGAGAUCGGGAAAGAGGGCCUGAAGUUCGAGAAUGGGGCCUUCACCUACUAUGGAGUGUCUGCCCUGACAGCACCAUCCUCGGUUCACCAGUCCCCGGUGUCCUCGCUCCAGUCCCUCCGCCACGACCUGCAGCCCGAGCCAGUCGAUGGUGCCCGCUUGUCUGCGUACUGUCCUGACUACACCGUGAGGGCCCUCUCCGACCUGCAGCUCAUUAAGGUCACAAGGCUGCAGUACCUCAAUGCACUCCUGGCUACUCGAGCCCAGAGCCUGCCACAGUCCCCGGAGAACGCAGACCUCCAGGUCAUCCCAGGCAGCCAGACCAGGCUCCUUGGGGACAAGACAGCCACAGCAGCAGGGCCGCACCACAGCAGACCCGGCCUCCCAGCAGAGGAGAGCCCUGGGCGGAACCCAGGGGUUUAACUGCUUGCCAGGCAGCCCCAGGUCUGGGGAAUGGACAAGCACGUGGGGAACUGGAGAGCCGAGGAGUAGCUUCCUGUCAGCCUGUCCCCAUCCCCUCCAGGCCACGUUUUAGAUGGCCCUUAUAGAUGUGGGUCCUGGGCUGUCCUCAGAACCAGACUUCAGUGCCGGGAGCCUUCAGCAGUCCUGCCCUCCUUUAGGAAAUGGGGGUCAGUUGGGGCACAGCCCUCCAGGCCUGCUUCUGAAUGGGAAUGAAAAGGACACCAUCCUCUCUGGUCCCCAGGACCCAGCCUUCUCCCCGUGACAGUGCAGUGUAUUUAUACCUCUUUGGGCCAAGCCAUGAUGUGAGUGCACGAUUAUUGCCUUUAUGUGGCUGUGACCUGUACUCACUUUGCUUUUAAUUUGCCAGCCUUCUGCUGCUGGCAGCACUUUCCGAGCAAACCAGGGGCACUAGGUUGGGCUGGGGGUUCACAUCCUUGGCCACAGUCAACUAUUUGGCUUCCCUUACAAUGCCAUGUUUCCAAGCACGCGCCCCAGCCUGUCCCACGUGCCAAACCUUGAAGCUCAGUGACCCACCAGUAUGUCCCACUGUCCUGCUCCCUCCCGUGGAGGUUGCUUCUCUGAGCUCUGCGCUCAGAGCCCCAAGCAAACAAGCUGGCCCCCAGUGGCACUGAGGAGGCCUGCUCCUUCUGCUUCUCUGCCUGUCUUACUUAGUUGCCACUAACAGUAUUGUCACUUUCUGUGUUUGAAGAAGAGAGGUCACACGUGGGAGGACAGGGUGUGCUGUCCCUAACCCUCUCUCAAUUGCUGGAUCCCGGGGAGUGUAGCCAACCGUUAGGCCUACUUUGUACCUCCUUCCUGGGCCUCCAUGGAGAGCUGGGUGGCUGCCAUCUGCAUGGAGAGCAGCAAGGAGGAGAAGGGUUGGUUGUGGAGCAGGUAGAGCCUCAUCCCCUUUCUUUAAAACAAUACAAAACAAAAACUCUCAUCGGUUUUUCUUGUAUCUGUAACAUUUCAGCUCUUUGCUUUUUUUUGCUGUUCUUAGCUACAGGGUUUUAGAGGAUUGGGAACAAGAAGGCAUUUAUGUUUUCUUUCUGGUUUACCCAUUCUUACCUCCUGCAGUUCUUCAACUGUGUAGAAACUGGGGCGUCACAGAGACCUAGCGUUGCAGAUUGGAUAGGAGGGAGGAGGACUUCUAGAGGCUUCUCAGAGGAAUUCAGGUCCCUUAUCUGGGACCAGUGGGAAUGAAGGCCAAAGAACAAUGGCAUGCUCGCUUAGAAACUUCUCAAGGAAUUCUAAGAGCAAACCCAGGUGGGAAACAUAUUUUACGAUCAUCUCUCUCUAGAACAGUGGUUCUUAACUGUAGCUGCAUGUUAGAAUCACCUGGCAAAUUGAAAAAUACUGAUACCUGAUAUCUGGGGCUCCCUCUUUGAGGGAGCCUGAUUUGGUUAAUCUGAGGAUCAGGAUUUUAUUUUUUCAAACAAUUUUAAUUAAAACAAACAAACA